AUGCGCCCUCCCUAUGACCACAUGAGGCGCCAUGCGGAUGCGAGGCGUUUCGUCGAUCGUCCCGUUCAUGCUAAUCACGAUCUCUACAGGGCUUCGAGAUAUUCCUCGAGGUAUGACGGGGGGGAUCGCCGCUCGAGGUCGCCUCGCGACCGCUCGCCCGAUCGCUACGAGCGCGCGUCCCAGUACAGCGAUGGCGACCGCCGUCGAUCCUCCGCAGAAGCCCGCUCCAAUACUUCAGCCUUUCAGAACAACAGAGAUUCUUUCCGCGACAACCUCCCCCGCGACCCUCCCCGGGGGCCCAAGGCCCUUCUAGACCCCCCCAGCGGCCCCCGCGGCGGCGGCUACGCCGGUGACUUUAGAGGACGAGGCAGAGGUCGUGGCCGCGGCUGGGUUCGCGAUGACAGCAGGGACCGCGGCCGAGACCGCGACGUCGAUUUUAGGGACCGACGCGAUGGGCCGUAUAGGGACGAAAGAAGCCGCGAACGCGAUCGGGACUGGGACCGCCGAGACAGAGAGAGUUAUCGCGGACGCCCACGAUCCCCUGGUAGAGGGCGCUCACCACCACAGCGCGAUUUUCGCGACAGAGAUCCCCCCCUCGGCGUCGACGCUGAGAGGUCUAGGAGGGGCUCGAGAGACGGCGGCCCCCCCUCUGCUGGCUCAUCCAACUCCGACCCCCCCUUCGGUAUGGCUCGCGGCGGUUUCCGAGGAGGCAGGGAUCGAGGACGCGGCGGCUGGGACCGAGGCAGAGGGCGCGGCGGCUUCUACGAUGACCGCGAUCGCUUCGGACCUCGCAGCCGCUCCCAAGAAGGCCGUUGGGGCCGCGACCGCGACGAGCGAGAUCGUGGCGACCGAUGGAUCGACCCUGACGCCCGCAGAGACGCCCGAGACGACCGUGACCCCCGCGAACGUGAGCUACUGAGGCCCAAGGUCGAUCGUGAACGAGACCGGGGCAUGUCUUCCCAAGCGCCAUCGCCCAACACGAAGGACGUGUCGCCUCCACCCCUGGCCCCUUCGGCGCCUGCUUUUGGUACGGUCCCCAGUAGGAAUGUCGGUGCCGCCGACGGAUCACCCAUCAUCGGGGGCACCGGUAAACUGCCCCCCACAGCUCCGAGAGCAUUCAACGCCGAACGACCCGUCUCCGCAGGACACGGCGGUGGCGGCGGCGGCGGCGGCGAUUUCCCAGUACCUCCAACCGGGCCUGCAAAGAUGAACCUUGCAGAAGGCAGCCCGCCAAUUCCUUCGGGCCCCCGUGCUCAGCAACAGAAGCAGCAACGCCCUUCAAGCAAGCAAUGGAUAAACCCGGCACUGAAUGGGAAGAAGAUACCCGAGCCACCCAAGACCAUGAGGUCGCAGAGCUUCGCUCAGCAGCAACGCCCGGUUCCCUUCCGUCACGAAAGUGUCCCGGCCGAACAUGGCGAUUAUGACAGGCGUCCCCGCAGUAGUGAUGCUAAGGCCGACUCUCAUAAUGACGCCACCGAAGGCUCGGUGAACUCUCUCAACCUCCCGGAACCUGGUGAAAUCAUCGUUAAAUCUGAACGAGACAGUUACUCGGCCAGAGGAUCCAUGGAUCGAGAUUCGGAGCACACGGACGCAAGAGAUACCGUCAUGACAGGAAAUGAUGUCCAUGGAUAUGAGGAGCGUCGAUCCCCACCACGAAGUGAAGACAAGCCUUUCCUGGCCGAAAGUGUAGCCAUCGAUAAGGGCUCAGUGGAAAGGAAGGAAGAGCCGUCUCGGUCUGCAAAGAAGACCAGAAUGUCAGUGUCAAGAGUUCGGUUUGUAUUGCCCCUGCAAGACCCCCCGGCGCCUGUUUCUGAGCAGACAUCCGAAUCCGACGACGACGAGGACUACGGGGAGUAUUUCGCCAUGGAAAUCGCUAAGGAGGAGGCCGAGUUGGAAAGUCUACGCGAAGUCGCCGACAAUGCCCCGGACAAGAUCAUAGCUCGCUAUGCAAAGGUUUCACACGACGCUUUGGCGGCGCUUGUACUCGAAUCGGAGGGUCUCGUCGAUAUGCUUGGUCCGGUCCCGGAUAUCGUCGAACCUGUCAAGGAGGAACCGCCCCCCAAGUCCCCUGUUGUAGAGCAGCGCGAAAACACUCCACAAGCUCUGAGCCCGGUGAUGCCAAUCAAGUCGUCGCCAGAGCAGAUUGUUUCCGUACCAGAACCUGAAGCUGCAUCGGUGCCAGACCCCCUGGUUGAGAAAAAGCCCGAACAGGUCAUCGUCGAGAAGGAGACCGAUACCACGACCGAUACGACAGCGCAAAAGGAAGUCGGAAAGCAGUCUAAAGACGAAGUCGAAAAGGAGGUCGGAAAGGAGGUCGGAAAGGAGGUCGGAAAGGAGGUCGGAAAAGAACUUGAGAAGGAGUCCGAAACUGCUGCUGAGGAGAUUGUGGAAAAACCUACCGAAAAACCUACCGAGAACCCCGACGGGAAAUCCGUUGAGGAGCCCCAGGAGAAGGUCGUCGAUAACGACGCGGGGAUCGCAGAAGUUGCCGCCGAGGAUGCCGCCGAAAAGGCACCCGAGCCCGACGUCGAAAAGGUCGAAGUGCCCCAGGUUGACACCACCCUUGAUGAACCACAACCGAAGACGGAGGAAAUGGACGUCGACGAACCCGCCCCCAUUUCCGCGCCUUCUCCUCCUCGGCAUCCCGAAGCGACGAAUGUCACCGAUGUUGCCAUGGAGGAUGUGGUCGAGCCCGAAAAACAACCUUCCAAGCCAGUCGCAGGACGCGAGGAGCCACAUGGGCCACUCACCAACGGCCACCCCAUACUUCUCCAGCCGCCUGGUGUGCCGGUAGAGACCAUUGAAGGAGACAAGGCUUUGCCGAGCACACCUUCUCAGAUGGAAGACGACGAUGAGGAUGAUUCGACGGAGUCGGAUGACGUGGAUGCCGACACGGAUGCAAUGCUUAUUGACACCGUUCGCCAGUACUCGGCAACGCCUCCUAUUGAUAGUCUGCCCGACUACAGCUGUCGCGCUUGGAGUCGAGACAGGGACUUCCUGGAAUCUCUCGACUCGGAUCCAAUCGUGGAUGAUUUCAUCCUGCAGCAACUCGAUAAGAUUUCUCUAGAAAAGUUGGCAGGGCAAGAGAUUGCGCGCAAGGACUACGCCGAAAACUACGUCAAAUACCUUGACUUCACGGUCUCGAGUGACCCGAUUGCCGUCAAGAGCAGAGAGACGUUUAUCAGCUGUCUGCCGACGCCGGAAAAACACGUUCCCAUUCCUCCUCCACCUGAACUCAAACCAGAAGGCAGGGGAGCCGGCCGAAGGUAUGCAAGCGAACGCGACCUGGAAAGAGUUUUGCAAGCUUCCAUGAGAGAGGACGAGGAACGGAAGGAAAGAGAGCAGCGCGCAAUGCAGGAGAAGUAUCGCAGUGAUAAGGAGGCGGUAAUCCCUGAGAUGUACUGGACAAAGGAGGACCGGGACGCCGAAUUCUUCAAGGACACGACUGGUUUCACGCCUGUGGAGAAGCUUGUGCCUGCCUGGCAGAUUCUGCCGCCGAUUAACAACUUCACGCCCGAGGAGGCCGAACUCUUCGAGAAGAGGUAUCUCACCAACCCGAAGCAAUGGGGCGUGGUCGCCGAGAACAUACCGAAACGCAACUUCGGUACUUGCAUACAGUACUACUACCUGAUGAAGAAGGAACUCAACCUGAAGGAGAAGCUUAAGAAGCAGCCCAAGCGUAGAAAGAAGGGCAGCCGAGGCAAGACGCGAUCGAGCGCUUUGGUCUCGGAGCUGGGCAAUCCCGAAAACGAGGGUGAUGAGAACCAGGAGAACGGCGAGAACGGAGAACGGAGACGGCCGCGCCGUGCUGCUGCCCCGACAUGGGGCUUCGAGCAACCCCCUACCGACUCCGACAAUGCCACCCCCGCCGGCACGCCUGGCCGUCGUGGAGCCAAGGCGGAUCCUGAAAAGCCUGACGGCAGGAAAAGGGGGAGGCGAGCUGCGAAGGACAAGGAGCCUAAGGCCGCCAAACCGCAACAGACGCUUGCUGCGGCUCCGGCACCGGCUUCAGGCAAAGGCCGGUCCCGCUCGAAUUCGAGAGUUCAGAACACCGAGUUCCAGCCGCCUCCGCCCGUGCCGAUGGAGAACCGCCUUCCGUCGCAGUUUGAAGUCCCAACGACGGGCGUCCAGCCUCCGUUCGUCCCCGCCCCGCAGCCGCCUCUGGUGGUCCAGGAGCGUCCGGUACCUCUCACUCCUUCAGCGAUAUCCGAAGUGAUGGCACCUCCAUCUCUGCGGCCGGAGCCGCCACCACCUCCUUCGCAACCCACGAUAGCGACGUUCGAUAUCGCUCAGCCACAGCCUGAACGCCGCGCCCAGAGCCAAGCGUCGAGUUACUGGAGCGUCUCGGAAGCAAAUGAUUUCCCGGGCCUGUUGAAGUCCUUUGGUACCGACUGGACAGCCAUUGCGGGACACAUGGGUUCGAAGACAGCAGUCAUGGUCAAAAACUACUUUGUCAGACAGAAAGACCAGGGCAAAGCAGAAUGGGAGCAAUUCGCCGCCGAGGCGGACGCGAAGAGAGUCAGAGGCGAGAAGCUGCCCGAUCCACCACCGCCAACCGUCGGCGGACGCAAGAAGUACGACUCGGCACCUGCGUCAUCUCACCGGCCUCUGGCGUCCGCGCCCGCCACUCCGGUGCCGUCUGCUACGACCGAGCCGCAGAGCGAAGUACCUGCGACUAAGGUGGAGACCCCAGCCCAGCAGCCUGGAAACCCGCCAUUUGGUCGCUUCACGAUGCCCAUCACUCCAGCACCGCUGCUCCAGCCGCAGCAACAACCCCUGGCGCAGGCACCCCCGCCCGUUCCAGCCGCUACCCAGACGCCCCCUCAGGCCCCUCAGCAGACACCGGCGCCGAUACAACAGCAGCACCCGGCUGCCCAACCUGCCGUCACGCAGUCAGAAUCUCCUAUAUCCCGGCCCUUGAGAGCACCGUCUCAGCAAGCCUUCGGCUUCCAAGAAAGGGAGCGAGAAUCGGCUCAGCCAGUGAGGAUCUCCCAGAAGCCAUCUACAAUCUCGGUCACCGAACCUGCUCAGCAGCGACCUCUGGCUGCAGCGCAACCCAUCCAGCCUGCACAGUCUGAGCUGCAGAUUGACCGACAACAUGCCGAGAGACAGCAGAUGGAGCGCCAAGCCAUGGAGCGACAGCAAAUGGAACGACAGCAGCUUGAGCGUCAGAGAAUGGAGCAACAGCAGAUCGAGCGGCAACAGAUUGAGAGACAGCAGAUUGAGAGGCAACAGAUCGAGAGGCAGCAGAUGGAACGACAGCAGAUCGAGAGGCAACAGAUUGAGAGGCAGCAAAUGGAACGGCAGCAGCUUGAGAGACAGGCAAUCGAGAGGCAGCAGAUGGAACGGCAACAACUGGAAAGGCAGCAAAUGGAGCGGCAGCAGGCCGAACGACAGCAGAUGGAAAGGCAGAAGAUGGAGGCGCAACAGUCCAAGGAACACCUGCGCCCGACUGAGCGCACACGACUGAAGCAGGAGCCCGAGAUGACGCCGCCGCACCAUCACUACGAGCCGUUCUCAUAUGGCCAGCAGCCAGUCCGAAGCGUUCCGCCACCUCGAUCCGAACCUCCGGCCGGACCAAGACAGCCUACCGAACCACCACGGUCUGUAGCGACCCCCGUUCCACAAGCAUACGGCCAGCCCAUGCCGCAACCAGGCGGACGCUUGCUCGGAGAUCCUCAGCCGUCCGUCUCGACGCCUCCUGGCCAGAGACCGAACGUUGCGCAACGUCCCAUGCCCACCCACAUGGACUCUUACGGCACUCCUCCUCAGCAGCCGCAAUCGAUGUCGGCCGCUGCAUCUCGUCCGUCGGCUUCGGAGCGCAAGACAUCGAACAUCAUGUCACUGCUCAACGACGACCCUCCGUCCGCUGCCGCCGCCGCCGCACCCACGCCUCCUCCUCAGCCCAAGCGCCUCAACGACAUGACCCAAGUCAAGCCAUCGCCGACACCUCCUCCGCAGAGCAUGUCGAGAGGCCCUGCCCCUCCACCGGCACCAACCCCGCUACGCCCAGAACGGGAGGCCCCUCAGGCCUACCCCUAUGGCCGCAAUGCUCCAUCAGCGUCUGCGAUGCCUCCUCUAAAGCCGACAUACACGGCCUCGCCACAAGCGCAGCAUAUGAGUGCGCCAAGAUCGACUAUCCUUUCGCCGCAUGACUCGGGACCAGCACUCGAGCGUGAAUUUUACCGCUCGUACCAACACCAGCCUCAGGCAACGAACUCGCCACAGAUUGCGCAGCCUUACACGCCGCAGUCGCAGCCCUCAAGGGAUGCGUAUCAACCUCAAACCGGCUACCCUGGAUAUGGUGCCCCUGCAGCUCACGCCGGCUCACCACCGGCCCAAUACGCGGUUCAUCCGUCGGCCUCUAGGCGAGAGCCGCCGCCGCCUCAGAACCGCGAAUCGGCAUGGCCUCCUGGACCCCAGGGACACGCCAUGGGCCAGCCGCAACCGCCGCAGCAACAGCCUUCCUGGCCCCCUCAGUCUCACCCAGCGACCCACGCGCAGCCGCCGAAACGAUCCCAGCAAGCGCCGCCUCCGCAGAACUGGGCUUCGCCACACAUGUCGUCUCAGAAAGCACCUCCGUCGGGCUCGGCCGUUCCACAGCAGUCCUGGGCUUCCGGUCCGCCCCCUCAGCAGCAGCAGCAGCAGCAGCAGCAGCCCCAGCCGCCGCAGCAGCAGCAACCACCGCCUCACCACCACAUGCCAAUGUGCGACGACCGGGGCGCGUCCAUCUAUGGCCAAAUUCCUCCCCAGCAUCAGCAUGCGAUGCAAGGGCGAUACCCACCCGUCUCCCGAGCGCCGGAGCCGAUGCCACCACAAGCGCAGCAGGCAUACCCGCCACGCUAUGCAUCUACGCCCGGGCCCGGUGAUCAGAUGCCGCCGCGUAGCUACACGCCUGUAGGAUACGACGCACGUGGCCCUCCUGCCGGGCCUUACCCUCCGGACCCACGAGAAAUGCAAAUGCGUGAGAUGAGUCGCGACCCCAGAGACCCGAGAGAUCCCAGGGAAAUACAACAGCAGGAGAUGCUGCAGCGCCAGUUGCGUCCACAUGACGCCUAUGGCAGACAGCCUGAUCGUUAUGGCAGGUAG